AUGGCCAUGGCGGUCUCUGCAAUUGGAUUUGAAGGUUUCGAAAAGAGGCUAGAAAUAUCAUUUUUUGAACCGAGCAUCUUCGUUGAUCCUGAAGGAAGGGGUCUUCGAUCUCUGGCCAAAGCUCAGAUAGAUGCCCUUCUUGACGAAGCUGAAUGCACUAUCGUCUCUUCAUUGUCAAAUGAUCAUGUGGACUCCUAUGUUCUUUCUGAGUCAAGCCUCUUUAUUUAUCCGUACAAGAUGAUCAUCAAAACUUGUGGGACAACUAAGUUGCUCCUUGUGAUCCCGCCUCUCCUGAAGUUGGCUGAAACCAUUUCCCUUGCUGUGAGAGCUGUGAAGUACACUCGCGGGAGUUUCAUUUUUCCAGGGGCACAGUCAUACCCUCAUCGUAACUUCUCAGAAGAAGUUUCUGUCCUUGACGGCUACUUUGGAAAGCUUGGUUCAGGAAGCAGGGCGUAUGUGAUGGGCCGGUCAGAUGGACCUCAGAAAUGGCAUGUGUAUUCUGCUUCUGCUGAAUCAGGAAGCUUAGCUGACCCUGUUUACACUCUAGAAAUGUGCAUGACUGGUUUGGAUAGGGAGAAGGCUUCUGUCUUCUACAAAUCCCAAUCAAGCUCUGCAGCUGCAAUGACAAACGAUUCUGGUAUCCGAAAGAUCCUUCCAGAUUCUAAUAUUUGCGAUUUUGAGUUUGACCCCUGUGGUUAUUCCAUGAAUUCCAUUGAAGGAGCUGCAAUUUCGACCAUUCAUGUUACACCCGAAGAUGGUUUCAGUUAUGCAAGUUUUGAAACAGCUGGAUAUGAUCUGAAAGAUGUGAAUAUCAACCAGUUGGUUGAGAGGGUCCUGACUUGUUUCCAACCGAGGGAGUUCUCCAUUGCUGUGCACGCUGAUGUUGCUACCAAGUCACUCCAGCAACUAUCUUCAGUGGAUUUGAAGGGAUACUGUCGCGAAGAGGGCAGCCACGAAGAGCUUGGAAUGGGUGGUUCCAUUGUCUACAAUAGGUUCCUCAAGACUGAGCGCUGUGGUUCUCCUAGAUCAACUCUUAAAGGCUGCUGGAGAGAUGAAGAAGAGGAAGAAGAUUAA